GCCGCAGCUGCAGACCCAGGGCCAGAGGGGGAGGCAGAGCGGGAGCCACCGCAGCCUCUCCGACCGCCGCCGUCCGCUUCAGCCGGGCUGCUUCGAGUCCUCCCCGGGUUUGAGUGCACUGGGGCGUCUAGCCAUGCCCCGCAGCAGCAGCUGAGCCGGAGCGGGCCCCAUCCCUCCAGGUCCGCUCAGCCGCGGCGCCCCCGGGCUGCCCGCGGCCGGAGCUUCCCGGCGUCUCACGCGCGCCCCAGACCGCGAGCGCAAACAGCGGCGGCCGCCGAGGCGCGGUGGUGCCGGCGGCUGCGGAGGGAGCGUGGGGCAGGAGGAGGCGGGGAAGAUGGACCCGGCGCUUUCGCUGGGUUGCAGCCUUAAGGAUGUGAAGUGGAGCUCGGUGGCCGUUCCGCUCGACUUUCUGGUCAGCACUUACCGGCUGCCCCAGAUCGCGCGGCUGGACAGCGGCGAAGGCAUAGAAGGGCUACGGGAAAACGACUACCUUCUGAUUCAUUCAUGCCGUCAGUGGACGACCAUCACUGCCCAUAGCUUGGAGGAGGGUCAUUAUGUCAUUGGGCCAAAGAUCGAGAUUCCGGUACAUUACGCAGGGCAAUUUAAGCUGCUGGAGCAAGAUCGAGAUAUAAAGGAGCCAGUGCAAUAUUUUAACAGCGUGGAGGAGGUGGCUAAAGCAUUUCCUGAACGUGUGUACGUCAUGGAGGAAAUAACAUUCAACGUGAAGGUUGCUUCAGGUGAAUGCAAUGAAGACACGGAAGUUUACAACAUCACCCUCUGUACUGGGGAUGAGCUCACUUUAAUGGGGCAGGCAGAAAUCCUUUAUGCGAAGACAUUCAAGGAAAAGUCAAGACUCAACACAAUCUUCAAAAAGAUCGGGAAGCUCAAUUCCAUCAGCAAGCUGGGUAAAGGCAAAAUGCCGUGCCUCAUUUGUAUGAACCACCGGACCAACGAAAGCAUUAGCCUUCCAUUCCAGUGCAAGGGCAGAUUCAGCACCCGGAGUCCCAUGGAACUUCAGAUGCAGGAGGGCGAACACACCAUCCGCAACAUUGUGGAGAAAACCAGGCUACCUGUGAAUGUGACUGUGCCAAGUCCCCCGCCGAGAAACCCGUAUGACCUCCACUUCAUCCGCGAGGGGCACCGCUACAAGUUUGUGAACAUCCAGACUAAGACGGUGGUGGUUUGCUGUGUGCUGCGGAACAACAAGAUCCUCCCCAUGCACUUCCCUUUGCACCUGACUGUUCCCAAGUUUAGCCUCCCAGAACACCUGGUGAAGGGUGAGGUAUGGCCUGAAACCCUGGUCCAUCACUGGCUGGGAAUCUGCCAGGAGCAGUUCGAUAUUGAUGAAUAUUCACGGGCCGUCCGUGAUGUGAAAACCGACUGGAGUGAGGACUGCAAGAGCCCCAAGAAAGGCCAUUGCUCUGGCCACAACCAUGUGCCCAAUUCCCUUAGCCAUGCCCGCGACGAGCUCACCCACUCCUUCCACCGGCUCUCGGUCUGUGUGUAUGGCAACAAUCUCCAUGGCAACAGCGAGGUGAACCUCCAGGGCUGCAGAGACCUGGCAGGAGGAGAGUGGGUCCCAUUCUCUAACGACAUCCUGCCCUACCAGGACUCUGGUGAUAGUGGAAGCGACUACUUUUUCCCAGAAGCUUGUGAAGAAUCAGUGGGCAUCCCUGGGAAGUCAGAGCUUCCUUACGAGGAGCUGUGGCUGGAUGAAGGCAAGACCAGCCAUCAGUCUCUCACUCGAUCCUUGAGUGAGAAGAGCAGAUGUGAUCAUUUCAGAGGUUCUGUCCGGUCCAAAUGUGGAACGUCUCCUCUUCCUGUCCCUGGGGCUCUGGGAGCAGCAAAGAAGUCUUCAGAUAUCGCCCUACCUCCACCUCCAGUGCCUCCCAAAUCUGAAGCCGUCAGGGAAGAAUGCCGGCUCCUGAACGCCCCACCUGUUCCACCCCGAAGUGCAAAGCCUUUGUCCACAAGUCCCUCCAUUCCUCCUCGCACAGUCAAGCCAGCGCGGCAACAGGCUCGUUCUCCCAGCCCCACCUUGUCCUACUAUUCUUCAGGGCUGCACAACAUCGCUACUAAAAGUGACACAAGUCCUUCUGAAAGUGCUCCUGUGUCCUGCUAUCCAUGCACCCGAAUGAAAGCCGACUCUGUGGGCCUGUUAUCCCCGUUUGGAAGUCCUUCUGGCGAAGCUCUGUCCUCCAGGCUCUCAUGGCCUAACCAUUAUACGGCAGCAUCUGAGAGCCAGACGAAGAGUGAUUUCCUGUUGGAUCCGAGCAGGAGCUAUAGUUAUCCUAGACACAAGACACCAGGCACACCAAAGAGAAACUGCCCGACACCUUUAGAUUUUGAUGACUGUGACCUCUUCACCAGCCAGCUUGAACCCAGCUCAGUCACUGCAGAAUUCAGUAGCAGCAUCUCUGGUUGUCCCAAGUCAGCAAGCUACUCUUUGGAGAGCACCGAUGACAAAACUCUUGCAGCUGGCACGACAAAGCAGAGUAUUUCAUGCCCUGCCUUACCCCCACGGCCCCCAAAAGCAGUGGAAGAGAAAGCCGCCUCCGAAACAUCUCCUUUGCCUCUGAAAAUUGAUGGUGCUGAGGAAGACUCCGAGUCUGGGUCACCAGACCUCUCCAACAACCAGUAUUUUGUUCAAAAGGGCAUGCAGGACAUCUUCUCGGUCUCCUAUCCCUUUUCAUCUCCACUCCACCUCCAGCUGGCACCCCGGUCUUGUGGCGAUGGUUCCCCAUGGCAGCCACCAGCCAACCUUUCGGGGCUCUCUAUAGAAGAAGUGUCCAAGUCAUUGCGGUUCAUCGGUUUGUCUGAAGAUGUCGUAUCGUUCUUUGUGACUGAAAAGAUUGAUGGUAAUUUGCUCGUUCAGCUGACAGAAGAAAUCCUUUCUGAGGAUUUCAAAUUAAGCAAGCUACAGGUGAAGAAGAUAAUGCAAUUCAUUAAUGGCUGGAGGCCCAAGAUAUAGCCAAAUAACCCCAUGUAGCAUGGAACGAAACUGGUAACUGUGUGCUAGAAGGGGUGGGCUGGGACAGAAUUUCAUGAUUUUGCACUAAAAACCUUCUCUGUGAAUAGAUAGGAAUGAGAGACGCUCUUACUAUGCAGAUUACGGUUUUGAAUGGUGAACAGGCUAUUUUGUGCAUCAAUAAAAAUGCUGUACAGAACACUUAGAGGUGUGCCUUAUAGGUCACUCAACGCACAACAGCUGCUAAAAGGAAAAAGGCACGUUCCGAGAAUUCAUUCUUACCCAAGUAGGUUUUUGUGAGAAGGUAUAUUUAUUACAAAAUAGCCAAAGCUGAAAGACAUAAAAAAUCUUUAAAAAAAAGAAAAGAAAACACUUUUGAACAAUAAUUCCCUCCUUUAGGGGAGGAUUGACUUUAGACAAUUAAGUAUAUUCUGUGCUCAGUCGUUUGGAUUGCUUAAUGCUCAUUGUUUUAUUCUUGUGCCUGAAAAUGUUAGUGAUAUGAAAUGACACUUUAAUGUUACAUGCUUGAUGGGGAAAUGUUUUUAUCAGAGGCAUUUUCCAGAAGUCAUCUGUUGGAGGAUAUAUGACGACGUCCUUAGAAAUGACACAAAUCCAUGACCACAAUUAUUUAUCUGUAACUGCUGCUAAUUUUUUUGAGCAGACAAAAAACAAUAUAUACUUCUAUGUAUAUAUUUAUACAUACGUAACACCCUCGCACAUGUUUUAAAACAUCAUUCUGAGUCACAUAUUUUAGAUAACAUCUGUCCCCUUUCAAAUAUCUAUUAGGUUUUAGGGCUGACAAAGUUGAUUCUCUUAGGAAUAGUGGACAGAAUGAUUCCAAAGAUUCUCAGAACCCCUGUCACUCAAAGUUGAAUCUUAUUAGGCUUCAUGACUGAAGACUUAGAACAAAUCAUUAGAGAGUCCAUAUUGAAGAAUUAAAUUUGAGUUAAGCCCAUUAUAGGGCUGGCUUUUAUAUAUAAUCCUUCCAUGCUGAUAUCUGGGGAAAUGACAGUUUCUUUCUGUCAAAUGAUAAUUCUUCCCUGGUUUGAGGGUCUUAUUCCUGUGGUGUCUGAUAGAGAUCUGAAGAGCAUUUCCUGGGGCACCUUAGAUGUUCUCAACAUGCCUCAUGCUUUAGGAGAGCUCAAAGUCAGGUAUAUUAUUCCCUGUUGCUACAUGUGCUACGUCUAUUGAGUAAUUUUUUUAAAAUAUCAAUGAGAGUGCUUUUUUUAUUUCUCAAAUCUCUUUUUUUCCUCUCUUCCAAAGAAGAUACUUAUUACCCUAUUUUUAUUCCAAUUUUAUUUGAAGAAUGCCAGGACAUUAGUCUGACACUUUUUACUAAAUGUGAUUAAAUAUUCCAAAAUAAACGCAUUUUCAUCAUUCUUUUUGAAGGAGUAUAAAUCUUAGACAAGUUUAAAGUUUGAGCAAGGCGCCUUCCAUACAACUCUGCCUUCUCCAGGGUCUGCGCCAGAUUCUGGACAUACAGGCAACGUGUGAUCAAGCUGCAGCCUGCGUGCUGGGCAGGUCAGCCAACAUCGUGUCAGCGUGACUUGCAGGAUUAGAUUUUGUUCUAUUAUCUGGUCCUCCUGCUCACCAGAAAAAAAGAAUUUAAAGACAAGACAUCGCGAUCUUUUGGAACAUGCGUCUACACACCAGUCUAGUUUUGCAGAUCUUAUUUUUGUCCUCUGCAAUAUAUCCUUUUUUCUUGGCAUUAAAUUUUAAUCUGUCUGAUGAUUAAAGUUGUGGUAAGUUGAUACCUAUUCUCAUAAGUCGCCAUUGAGUCAGUCCCAACUCAUGGCAGCCCUGUGUAUGUUACAGGAGAUCUGUGCUCCAUAGGGUUUUCGAUGGCUGAUUUUUAAGAAUUGAUCACUAGGCCUUUCUUCUAAGGCACAUACGUCUGGGUGGACUUGAACCUCCAGCCGUUCAGUUAGCAGUUGAACGUGUUAACCAUUUGCACCACCCAGGGACUCCUUUUCCAUGUUAGAUCUUCUUAGAAAAGGGGUGGGGGGACAUUUUUUUUUCUCCUAGAUGUCUCCCAAAGUGUAAAUACUAUAGGUAAAAGAAUGCUUUAAAAUUUGUCAAACUGGAGCACCCCUUCAGAAGUAACCGACACACCUAUGAAACAGUUUCCAGUACUGCACUCACAUGACAAGAGAUCCCUCAGUUACUUUAAUGUUUAGAAGCAUUUUUUUUGUGGGAGGGGAACUCCCUUACCAAGCUCACCUCUCAAGAACUUUCCUUCAAAAUGAAAACAGACAAGAUGUAGUUAAAAAGCUGUUUUCCUUGUCAAACUUGCUGAAUCAGUUUUAAAACACUUGGCGCUUGGACACAACUCUCAAAUUCCGGAGGAAAAACAGCUGAGUUUGGUUUACUAUGAAGGUUGCCCCACGUGAACAAGUGACUCUUUUUACCUUUUUUUUUUUCUUCCUUUGAUUUUUUCCUUUUGCAAAACUACACAAAAGAGAUUUUUUUUUUUUCUUGUUUUGAUUGACAAUAUGGAAACUCCUUGAGGGCAGGAACUGUGCCGUUUCAUUCAUACGUUCGUUCAUUGAUUCAUUAAACAUUUAUUGAGCACCUUUUGUGUGCCAGGCACAGUGCUAGUGCUGACUUUACAAGGCUGGAAAAAGACACAGCUCCUGCCCUCUUAGAGCUCAUAUUGUUUAUAUUUGAAAUCACAGUUCCUGAUAUUGUGAGUGUGAAAUGUUUAAGGGAGAUGAAAUUCUCUGGGCAGCUGGGUGUAUGGAGUUAAGUGUGUCCUAUCUUUAAAGAAUCCGCAGAUGGGAGAAAUGGCAGCCUCUCUCAAAGAAAGUGUAAACACCACCAGACAGACAAUUAAAACUUGCAAUAUAUGUGAGGCAGAAAGUAGCCUUGUCUCCCACUAGUUAUUUUUUUUCUUUCAUUGACUUGGAAUAUUUUUUAAUUGUAAUAAAUAUGUUCUGUCAUCUCUAAAGCUACAAAUAACUAUAAUCGCAAUAAGCCAUUCCUGAGCUGAACACCUCUCUGUAGAAGACCUGGGCACCCUGACUAGACAAGUCCCUCAUACCCACAAGAGAACCAUGACAAGAAGUAGAGCAGAGGUCUGAGGGAGACAGCCUUUCCCUUCCCAGAGCUGUGGUGUUGCCGUGGAAAGCGAUGUUCACACAUCCCCACAGCAGCCCGUUUCUAACCCACCAGCUCAAGUCGGUGCGUCUCCUUCUGUCAGAUUCCUGCAGUCCAGGCAGCAACCACCAUGCUUGCAGGAGAAAUGUCUCUUUAAACAGGACCCUUUUGUUGGAUCCUUAAACUCAUGGCUAAAAUCAUCACAGCCUUGCUCAGAAAAGAGCGAUCAGCAAUAAACCAAGCCAAGCAGCUAAAAUCUAAAAUGUGGAUGUGAUCAUGUCGUGAGGGAGAACCCAAACGCACUCCUCAGAAUCUUGUAAAUGCCUGCAAGUUCUCUCCUCUUUAAGUUGAGCUGCUCAGCUUUACGAACUGUGAAAUUUACACUUAGGCUUUUUGCCACACAUACACAAUUCAAGUUCAUGAAAUCUCAGUGAACUGCUCAUUUGGCUAACUGGUGAUAUUUAUUGUCUCAUGUAGAAUAAAACAGCCGUCUUUCAGGACAUAUGACAGUGGACUCUGACUGUUUUCAGACACAUGCAUCAACACCUGUCUGCUCACAUUCCAGACCCAUAGCACAUCCAUUCAGCUCCUCAGAGAACUUUGAGAGGUGGGCUUGGAUGGAUAGAGGGUCCUUCACCUUCCAAAUGCUGUCUAAAAAAGUCACUACUCGGCAUGCCCAACUAGUAUGAUUAACAUUUUGGAUAACUGGAAAACAAAAUAGCUCUUCGAAGAAGAUUUCAAUUUCAGUCUACUGGAAACAUUAAAUCUGCAGCUGAUGCACAAGGCUUUCAGAAACUUUCUGCCCAUUACAUCAAUUCCCACUUAUUUACCUAAAAAUAUAGAGGUACCAAGGCUGAGAGGGAGAGAGGAGUAAGAUGCCCAGAGUAUAAAUGGUAGAAAGUAGGACUUUAAUACUGCAGGGUUGUAAUAGUGUAGGGUUUCUAUGGCCACGUCUUUUUAAAUCACAUCACUUAGUCUUCAAAAUUUGGUGUUUUAAAAUUUGAUUGUAAAAGUCAGAAAUAAGGGAUAAAUGUGAUUUGAGUUAAAAUUAUAUACAAAUAUCUUCUGUAAUUUUGCUGCUCUAACUUUUAGGCUACGAAAUCUGUAAUGAAGCUUAAUCACAUUACAAAUAUCCUUUGUUUACAAUCUCAUGAUUUGUAGUAGGGCUCAGAUAAUUUCUUAGCUAUAAACUGUUUCUCCCUCUUUCAUAAUCAGUUCCUUUUAAAAUAUUGUUUAUGCUACUAGCUUGAAAAAUGAACUCAAUUAAUUCAAAAUCGCAGAAUUUUCCUUAAGUGGAAAUGGUAUAUUCUUUUCAAAGAAUGUUGUAACCACCCUUACAGUUUCUUUGCCUGGAAAACUUCAGUUGUUAACUACUGGUUAACAGUUGUAGUAGUUUCCAGAGCGUUAUAACGGGCCCAAUUUGUACCUCAAGAUAAACACAGUAUGUUACGUCUAAAAAAAUUCAUUUAAUGAUUGAUUUAAAUGAUUCUGAAAUGUCUACAAAUAAAGAGAUUUUAAAAACUUCCUUGCCUUGC